AUGGAGAUACUUUCAAGUUCUAUUGUAAAGGCAAUUGCGUCGCGCAUUGACACACACUACCCUCUUGUUCAUACGAAGGAGUUGGACUACGGGACAUCUGGCAUUAGAACAAAAGGUGCCGUUUUACCACCAGUUUCUGCACGCCUUGUAUUUAUUGCAGUGCUUCGUGCCUGGUCAUGCGGAUUGAAUUCUACCAACGAGUUUGUUCAACAGCGGGGAAGUAGAAUUGGCUUUAUUAUCACUGCUUCACAUAAUCCAUCAGAUGAUAAUGGCUUCAAAAUUAUUGAUUCAGAUGGAGGGAUGUUGGAAUCCACAUGGGAGGUGUGGUGUAAGAAAGCCGCUAACGCAAAAUCCGGGAAUGAUUUAAUCAAAGUGCUUGAAGAAUGUAUAAGAGAAGAGAAAAUUGUUUUCCCCUUAAACUUUUCGAUCUCUUAUGCAUCCAUUCUUUUUGGUCGAGAUACGAGGAGAACUGGAUUAUCUAUUCUUGACGCGGCAAAAGACAUGCUUGAUAACUUUUUAAAGGUGCCAUAUACUGAUUACGGUAUAGUAACAACGCCCGAGUUACAUUAUAUUGUCUCAAAGCUCAAUGAGGAGGUUGGGAAGCCAGUACCAGCAAAGAUUGAGAUUAAAUCAUACCACGAGAGUAUUUUAAAUGCUUUCAACCGCCUCAUGAGCCUGAAUUUGAAUGGAGCGCGUAAGAAUCAACACGAUCUUGUUAUAGAUACAUCCAAUGGAGUGGGCUAUUAUGGCUUGAAGCGUCUCAUUUCAUUUUCUGAGAGUCUUUUCAAUCAAGACAUUCUAAAAAAAUAUUUCAAUGUCGUUUUGUUAAAUACAAACGUUGAACAAAUCGACGAUUUGAAUUAUUUAUGUGGCGCUGAGUUUGUCCACAAAAAAGAUUGCCCAUCUGAUGAGAUGAAUCAAUGGGCUCUUGACAAUCACAGAGAAAAUAGAUGCGUUCAUUACUACAGUCUUGAUGGGGACGCGGAUCGCUUAAUCGCACUCAACUACAAUUCCAUAUCAAACAAAGGAGAAAAGAAGUGGCACAUUAUCGAUGGCGAUCGGAUGUCUGUUCUCUAUGCUUUGCUUUUGCGCGAAUGGCUUGGUAGUGACGUCUUAGAGUUAUUAGACGUUGGUAUUGUCCAAACAGGAUAUUCUAACGGUGCAGCAACCAGAUUCAUUGAGGAGGAGCUUAAGAUGAAGACAUUUGUAACGGCCACAGGUGUGAAGAAUUUGCACCCUGUUGCACAUGAGCUUGAUAUUGGGAUUUAUUUCGAAACAAAUGGACAUGGAACUGUGUUAUUCCGUGACGGUCUUGAGAAGAAGUUAGAGGGGAAAAUAUCAAGCCAAAAGGCUGAAUUCAUUCAUCUAAUACUCGAGACCGUCCCAUCGCUGCUUUCUCAAGUAUGUGGAGAUUCGAUUGCAGACAUGCUGAUGUGUGAAGUAGCCUUGGAUGCACUACAGCUCUCUCCUCUUCAGUGGGUUCAGAUAUACGACACCAGACCGUCCAUUCAAUCUACAAUUACUGUUCCGGAUGCUUCUGUUAUCACAAACACUAAGGAUCAAACUCGUGCGAUCACUCCUGAAGGCCUUCAGGAGGAAAUCGAUGACAUCGUUAACACUGUCGAACGAGAGUUUCUUGGUAAAGAUGGAGAACAAGGGAUGACUCGUGCUUUUGUGCGUCCGAGUGGAACAGAACCUAUCGUUAGGAUUUAUGCAGAAGCCAAUACCCAAAACGCCUGUGAAUUGUUAGAAAAAAAAGUGAGAGCUGCAGUUAUUAAAUACUGCGGAUGA